CUCCAGCGCUUCGAAUGCGGACGCCGAGCGUGGCUGAGACUGUGAGGGGCGAGCGAGCGCUGGCGAGCGGCGCAGGGACCCCGCGGGCGGCUGGGGCUUCCGCGGCGCCCGCCCCCGCUCCCUCCCCUCGGGCGCUGGGUGCAGACCGGCCGGCCGGCGCCGCCUCCUGGGAAGAUGGCGCUGCACUUCCAGAGUUUGGCUGAAUUGGAAGUGUUAUGUACUCAUCUCUACGUAGGGACUGAUCUUACACAAAGAAUAGAGGCUGAGAAAGCACUCUUGGAACUUAUUGACAGCCCAGAAUGUCUCAGCAAGUGUCAACUUUUAUUAGAACGAGGAACAACAUCCUAUGCUCAGCUCCUUGCAGCAACAUGUCUUUCAAAACUUGUCAGCCGUGUCAGUCCUUUACCUGUUGAGCAGAGGAUGGACAUCAGAAACUACAUUCUGAAUUAUGUGGCAUCACAACCCAAGCUGGCCCCCUUUGUCAUCCAAGCUCUUAUUCAAGUCAUUGCUAAAAUCACUAAGUUGGGGUGGUUUGAGGUUCAGAAAGAGCAAUUUGUCUUCAGAGAAAUUAUUGCUGAUGUGAAGAAGUUUCUCCAGGGUACUGUGGAACACUGCGUAAUAGGAGUAAUAAUCCUUUCUGAAUUGACUCAGGAAAUGAACCUGGUUGAUUAUUCUAGACCUUCAGCAAAACACAGGAAAAUAGCUACCUCAUUUCGUGAUACUUCUCUCAAAGACAUUUUAGUGCUAGCAUGCUCUCUUUUAAAAGAGGUGUUGGCCAAACCUUUAAAUCUUCAGGAUCAAUGUCAGCAAAAUCUGGUAAUGCAGGUCUUGAAACUGGUCCUUAACUGCCUUAACUUUGACUUCAUUGGCAGUUCAGCAGAUGAAUCUGCAGAUGAUCUUUGCACAGUGCAGAUUCCAACAACUUGGAGAACAAUUUUCCUGGAACCAGAAACACUGGAUCUUUUCUUCAAUUUGUAUCAUUCACUUCCACCACUACUGUCUCAGUUAGCACUUUCAUGUUUAGUUCAGUUUGCUUCGACGAGAAGGUCCUUAUUUAACAGUCCUGAACGUGCCAAGUACCUUGGUAAUUUAAUUAAGGGAGUAAAAAGGAUACUUGAAAACCCUCAGGGUUUGUCUGAUCCAGGUAAUUAUCAUGAAUUUUGUCGAUUUUUGGCUCGCUUAAAGACAAAUUAUCAGCUGGGAGAAUUAGUUAUGGUGAAGGAAUAUCCUGAAGUUAUUAGAUUGAUUGCUAAUUUUACCAUUACUAGCCUACAGCAUUGGGAAUUUGCUCCUAACAGUGUUCAUUAUUUAUUAACUCUGUGGCAAAGGAUGGUAGCAUCUGUUCCUUUUGUGAAAUCAACUGAACCCCAUCUAUUAGACACUUAUGCACCAGAAAUCACGAAGGCCUUUAUCACUUCUCGGUUGGAAUCUGUUGCCAUAGUUGUGAGAGAUCACUUAGAUGAUCCACUGGAUGAUACUGCCACUGUGUUUCAGCAGUUGGAGCAGUUGUGCACUGUCAGCAGAUGUGAAUAUGAAAAGACAUGUGCUCUUCUUGUGCAGUUAUUCGACCAAAAUGCACAGAAUUACCAAAAACUUCUGCAUCCAUCUUCUGGUGUAACUGUGGACAUCACCAUUCAGGAAGGACGUCUUGCAUGGCUGGUAUACUUAGUUGGGACAGUUGUUGGAGGAAGAUUAACAUAUACCAGUACAGAUGAGCAUGAUGCUAUGGAUGGAGAAUUAUCCUGUCGAGUUUUUCAGCUUAUAUCUUUAAUGGAUACUGGAUUGCCUCGGUGUUCUAAUGAGAAAAUAGAGCUUGCAAUUCUGUGGUUCUUGGAUCAGUUUCGUAAAACAUAUGUUGGUGAUCAACUUCAAAGAACCUCAAAGGUAUAUGCUCGUAUGUCAGAAGUCUUAGGAAUAACAGAUGACAACCACGUUCUAGAAACAUUCAUGACAAAAAUUGUUACAAACCUUAAAUACUGGGGAAGAUGUGAGCCUGUAAUUUCAAGGACUCUUCAGUUCCUAAAUGACCUUUCUGUUGGCUAUAUUCUUUUAAAAAAACUUGUGAAGAUAGAUGCUGUGAAAUUCAUGCUAAAAAACCACACGAGUGAACACUUCCCUUUUCUUGGCAUCAGUGACAGUUACAGUCUCAGUGACUUCAGGUGUCGAACAACCUUCUACACAGCGCUCACUCGCCUUCUGAUGGUAGAUCUAGGCGAAGAUGAGGAUGAAUUUGAGAAUUUCAUGCUACCUCUUACAGUUGCUUUUGAAACAGUAUUACAAAUAUUCAACAACAACUUUAAACAAGAAGACGUAAAGCGUAUGUUGAUCGGGCUGGCAAGAGAUCUUCGAGGGAUUGCCUUUGCACUGAACACAAAGACCAGCUACACCAUGCUGUUUGACUGGAUGCUUUAUAAAAGGUACCCAACAUAUCUUCCCAUUCUUCAAAACGCUGUUGAACGGUGGUAUGGAGAGCCAGCAUGUACAACUCCCAUCUUGAAACUUAUGGCAGAACUGAUGCAAAACAGAUCCCAGCGUCUGAAUUUCGAUGUAUCAUCUCCUAAUGGAAUUCUUCUCUUCAGAGAAGCUAGUAAAAUGGUUUGCACUUAUGGUAAUCAGAUCCUGUCCCUUGGGAGCCUCUCAAAAGAUCAGAUUUAUCCAAUGAAACUCAAGGGCAUCUCCAUCUGCUAUUCAGCUCUCAAGUCUGCCUUGUGUGGAAAUUAUGUCAGCUUUGGCGUCUUCAAGUUGUAUGGGGACAACCAUUUUGACAAUGUACUCCAGGCCUUUGUCAAAAUGCUGCUGUCAGUGUCCCACAGUGACUUGCUACAAUACCGGAAACUGAGCCAGUCUUACUAUCCACUCCUGGAAUGUCUCACUCAGGACCACAUGAGCUUCAUCAUCAACUUAGAGCCUCCUGUACUCAUGUAUGUUCUCACAUCUAUCUCAGAGGGACUCACUACUCUUGAUACAGUUGUCUCCUCCAGCUGCUGUACCAGUUUAGACUACAUCGUCACCUACCUCUUCAAGCACAUAGCAAAAGAGGGCAAGAAGCCACUUCGAUGCAGAGAGGCUACCCAGGCUGGUCAGAGACUAUUACAUUUUAUGCAGCAAAACCCAGAUGUCCUGCAGCAGAUGAUGUCUGUCCUCAUGAACACCAUUGUCUUUGAAGACUGUCGGAACCAGUGGUCAGUAUCCAGGCCUCUCCUGGGGCUCAUCCUGCUCAAUGAGAAGUAUUUCAGUGAACUGAGAGCGAGUCUGAUAAACAGCCAGCCUCUCGCCAGGCAGGAGGUCCUCGCCCAGUGCUUCAGAAACCUCAUGGAAGGAGUGGAGCAGAAUCUGUCCAUCAAGAACAGAGACAGGUUCACCCAAAAUCUGUCUGUAUUCAGAAGAGAUGUGGCAGAGGCUCUGCGCAGUGAUGGCAACACUGAACCAUGCAGUCUCGACAUGAUGAGCUGACCCGAUUUUUCUGACCAUGUGUGGAGCAGCCUUUGUCAAGAGAGUCCUGAAGGUCUGGGUCUCAGGACAGUGAUGUUGGCUAGCCCAGGGGAAUGUAUUUUUCAAAAUAUACAAGCAACAACAAAAGCCCUACCUUCUUCUAUGUCUAACCUAAUUAUAAGAAUUUCUAAUAGUACACGGUGUAAAUUCAGUCUUUUCUCUGAAAAGCAAAGGAUGUGUUUUCAGUCUUUCUAUCAAAUAUUAUCUUUGUUCUCCUAAUGCUCUGAAAGGAUAUAGAAACAAUAUUUAACCAAAGAACAGAAUAAACCAGGUUUGCACCUAUGUGUGUACUAGUUUAUGGUUCUGCAAUCAAGGUUGUCAAUUUGUUGGAGAUGCAGCCUUCACCAUGGACUCUGGAUUGAGAUGAAUGCCACUGGAACCUGUUAAAUGAGUAGUUUGUUAUGUGUCUGGAAGAAGCAGCGUUAGGGACUUUGGGCUGUGAGCAUUUAGAACGAGCCUGGAAGCACUACAGAGCAUCCCACAGGACCACACGCAGGCCUCCCUGCCUCAGCUGCAUCUGAUAAAGUUGAGAGACAGUAACACAAUUAAAUGACUUACAAACAAUGUUUGCUUUUCACUGGCAUAAAUCUGAAGUGGUUCAGUCUAGAAGAAUUAAGCUGUGCAAUUACUGCCUGCAGAGAUAUUUCUUCAGGAGGAAUCAUGUAGCCCCAGUCAGGAGUUCUGGGUGGUGCCAGCAUCCAGUCCUCUGCCUCCAUUUAAUUUUUAAGAGAAGGUGAAGGUAACUAUUAGAAUAUAAUAUCUGAAGCAGCUCUGCCUUCUUAGGGCUACCCAAAACAGUUCUAGGUGCUAAAAUUCAGAUUUUCAGAGGAUGAGAAACAGCUGGUUUCCAACUCUCCACAAAAACUCUUAUUACUGUUGGGACUUGGGAUUGCGACUUAACCCAAACCCAGAACAUGAAGACGACCUUCACAGUUUGUGCUACACUGUUACUAGGCUAUUAAUUUGAGAUUGCCCACUGUCAAGUGUUUUACUGUCUCACUGCUGUUUUUAUGAUUCUGGCUUACAAUAAAUAUUGUGUCCUUUAUUUCUGAUAAGACAUGAAAGGUUGGCCUUACUGUUGAACAAGAAGUAAAUCCACAGGCUCCUGUUAUAAUCUCAUUUCUCAGACUAGUGUUUCUUGAAACCUUUCUGGAUAGUUGAGUUUUGCAAUAGGCUUGUCAUAUAAAAGCAGAGUCACUCAAAUUUAUCUCAAAAUGUUUGUCUUCUGUGUAUGAAGGAAAUGAGGGGAAAAUACGUUACAUAUGGGGUUACUUCUAGUAUUCGAUGGAUAAAUAAGCUUUGGCCUUACACUAUGUUUCAUUAGAAAUGGGAUUUAUAAUUUUCCUUGAGAAGGUGAAUUCUGAAUUCUGUAAAACAUCAGCUGUUCAGAGAAGUUUGACAUGAAUUUCUGUUUCUUAAAGGCGUAUAAGUGCACACUCACCACACAGAAAUGUGUUAAGAAAGGUUUGUCCCAUUCUGGGAUUCUUUACAGAUGUCUAGUAUCUAAAAGCACCAUAUUGUUUGCAUUAAAAUAUUCACCAGAAAAUGA